AUGGGCUCCAUCGACACGGGCCCCAACACCAACACCUCACCUGACAUCCGAUUCGCCUCCCGCACGCCCGAGUCCACCAUCAUCUCGGCGCAAAAGCACCUCCAGGACCAUGGCUGGGCCGUCAUCCCGGACGUGCUCUCGCCAGAAGAAAACUCGCUCGUGCUGUCGCACCUGUGGGAGGCGGCCGAGAAAUUCCGCAAGCAGGGAGACGACACGUUCAUGCCAACGCUGGACCCAAACGCGUCCAACAUCCGCGUCUUCUACCUGAUGGCCCUGGACAAGAUCUUCCGCGAUCUGAUCCAGCAUCCGGUGGCCGUGAAGAUGGUGGAGAUGGUGCUGGGCGAGAACUGGCUGAUUAGCAAUUUCACCGCCAACAUCGCGAGGCCGGGCUCCAAGAGCAUGGCGCUGCACAGCGAUCAGUCGCUGGUGAUGCCCGAGCCCUGGAUGUCAACGUGGGCGUUGAACGUGAUCUGGUGUCUGGACGACGUGUACCUGGAGAACGGGGCCACGUUGUUCAUCCCGGGCAGUGACAAGUGGACGACCCGCAACGACAUUGCCAAAAAUGCACGCUCGCUUCUGCGGCCCUUUGAGGCCAAAGCCGGGAGCAUCGUGCUCAUGAACGGACGCGUGUGGCAUACUUCGGGCUCCAACGUGACCAAGGACAAGGACCGGGCGUUGCUGUUCGGGUACUACACCGUGCCGUUCUUGAGGCAGCAGGUCAAUUGGACGGCCAAGAUGCCCGAUGAGGUCAAGAAGGAGCUGUCGCAGGAGCUGACGGAGAAGCUGGGCAUGCAAGUGCACGCGAACAUGGCGCAAGUGAGUCUGUUGAAGUACUUGGACGAGGUGUUUCCGCCUGAAGAUGAGCGGGCUGGGGAGAAGUUGAGUUAUUGA